AAAAAACUCUUUGAAAUUAGGAAAGCUAAUUAGUCCCAUUUAGGGUAAAUCCCCAUUCUAUAUCUUCCUAUCCAGAUCGAGAAUGUGAACUGCAUACGGAAUCUGCCAAAUAAGAGUUUUGGAAACUUUUGGAGUCUGCCAAAACUUCUCCCUUUGAACGCCUACAUAUAUACACACCGUAUAUACGAACGCCUAGCGAUCUCGUUCUGCCAAAACUUCUCCCUUUGAACGCCUAGCGAUCUCGUUCUGCACCCCAUCUCCAGUGACUCUUUCUUCUCCCUGCUACGUUUUUUCUUUUGAAAUAAUUCGUAAUUUUUUGCAAUUGCUCUCAUAUAUCUUUCAGCCCCAUCUGUUCGAUCAUGACUUGUAUUUAAAUAAUGUAGGUAUUAUGGACUCCCACCAUGGCUACCCUUUCAUGACUCCUGAAGAGCGUGAAUUAAAUCUCCUUUAUGACGAAGCAAUAAAGGUUACUGGUGGCUUCGAUGUUCCAAAGUUUCCUGAUGAAUUUGUGAUGGAGGGGCAGAUAGUUCCAGUGGUGUUUGCACAUUCGGAGUACAUGCGUGAAAUAGGUUCCAAAUAUUGCAAGCUUGCAAUUGAGACAUAUAACAAGCAGCAUAAUACGAACUUUCAAUUCACGGAGUUAAUCAAGUGGAAUGCAGCAGCCCUUCUAAACUAUAUCACCUUCAAGGCCAUCGAUCAGAAUUCAUUUGGCAGACCGAUGAAAACAUUUCAAGCUGAAAUCUAUGACCAUCCCGGCAAAGAUGAACUUGAUCAGGUUGAGGUAGAGUUCUGUCGGUUGGCACCUCCUGACCUUUGAAGGCAGGCAGGUAGCUGAUACGUUUGUAAUUUCCGUAUGUUUAUUUACGCUUUUAGUUAGUUUUGAUUGUUUAAUAUUUCGGAAAUUACACACUUUCGGUGUAAUAGUUUAGUUUGUUAAAUUCUUGUAAUUUGUUUAGAUUAGGUUUAUUCUGAGCUUAAACAGGUCCAAGAUCAAUCAAAUGAUCAAUGGUGAAGGAAGGUGCAAGAGUACAAGACAAAAAGAAGGAAAAAUCCUGAUUUUGGUCUAUACUCGAUCGAGUAUAUACAUAUACUCGAUCGGGUAUCUGGUUGACAUUUCAAAUCGGAUCGGAUCCGAAAACAAAGGAACAUGCAGGAGAAGAUUUUCCCACGUUCGAGUGUCUAUACCCGAUCGGGUAUGCUUAUAUACUCGAUCGGGUAUGCAUAUAAAAUCUACUCGAGUAUUGAUCGAGUAUUGACCAAAUUCUGAUUUCUAUACAUACUCGAUCGAGUAUGUAUACAUACUCGAUCGAGUACUCGAUCCUGCACCUCAAAAAGCCUAUAAAUACACCCCCUUUCCUUCACUUUUAGACACCAAUUCCUAUAUACUCUUAAGCUCAGUUUAGAAUAGCAUUUCUCUAUAUUUCUUUUAGCAUGUUUAGUCUCCAAAUGAGGAGCUAAACUUCCAUUUCUUGGUAUUGCUCUUGAAGCUUGUUGAUUAUUAAAGUUGUGAGUUAUUUUCUUAACUUCUUUUCCUUGAAUAUUAAUUCUUCCUUUAAA